UUGUUGUGUGAGGGCAAUUCAAUGACAGAUCUGAGGCCUUAAUCUAAAGCGCUUUGUUUCUGGUUUAGUUUUGCCCAAGUUUGACGUGACCGUAAAUGCACUGCAGACCUACAGCGUUGCAGUUAUGGGACUGAAAGUUGAGUCUUGUGCCAAAUGUACAUAUGUCCAACCUGUACCUGGUCAAGCCUUACUGGAAGUGUGCCGUGAUCCAUUUCCAUACAGUCUGCUUCAUAAUGUGACCGGACAGUGCCUGACUCAAACCGCAAAGAUGAAUGCCACGGACUAUGCAUCUCUUACUGUUGAUGCGUCAGUGUUUUUCGACACCAAAUUUGAAGACCAAAUGCAAGACACAUUUCUUGUAAAUGGGAAUGUUACUGAGGAGGGAACAGAUGUAAUGGUGUCAAAAUCUGCAAUGGUGUCCUUCACAAACAAAGCUGUAUAUCUCAUGGAGGGGAGCAACUGGCCCAACAAACCGCCGCGGCCAAUGCCCUGUACUCGGACUUCUCCAAGGCGAAUAAUUUAUGCAGAUCAGAGAGUUCUCUCCUCAAGUCCAUAUACAGCAGCCACUGAGGGCAGGACAGUUCUGCCUAGAGAUCAAGACGAUUCUCCUCAGCCCAUGAGGGCACCGUCUGUAGAUUCACGAGGUGACCUUCUGCAUUCUCAUUCUGUCAGUCACAAAGAGAUUAUCUCACUGACAAUCUAGGAGACCUGAGACUACCAGGCUCGGCAACUCGGCUAACUUCAAGUCAUCCUUUCUCUUCUUAUGAACCAACACAAGCUAGCCCAUCAAGAAGAUGCUAUAUAUCCUCAACCUGGUAUUAGGCACAUAGAUAGACCACGUGGUUACUACAACACAGACCACUGAGGCCAUAACUAUAUGUCCAUUGACCAAAGAGAUCGCAACCAAUAUCCCGCAGCUGUUCAGUUUAUGCUUCAGGACUAUAGUCAAGAGACAGCAGCUACGUAUGGGACUUAUAAAGAUCAUAGUCUGAACUGCAAACCCGUGCGCUAUUUCCCUACCACUGAACCAUAUGGUUAUCAGCAACCUUAUCAUGGGAUUCCAGCUACAAGUCCAGUCUAUCAAGAUGAGAGACUUUCUCCAAGGGAUACAUUAGCUCACCAUGCACAUGAGAC